CGUAGCAUACAUCGCUACGGUUUUACGUAGCACAGACUACGCGUGUAUUUAUUUCAUCGUAGAUCUUGUAAUUCACGGUAUAGAUAGAGCCUUUGCAAUUGCGAAUAAAUACUAUUUUAUCGAAUGAUUGAACGAAUUCUUGAAUAAAAGUGACGGUAAAUAAAUCAUUAUAUAUAUUUUUUUUAAUUGUUUUGUUGUGAUUGCUAAAACAAUGUUAUGUUUUUAUUGCCACGCUUAACAAAGUAUUGUUUAUUACAUAGUUUAUUAAACAAUUUAAAGACAUAUGAAAGUUUAGCUAAAUUUAGUUUUUCAGAAAUUAUUUAUAAUGUUUCCGUCAAUGUGGAUUCUCUGCAUUACAUUUCUUAUGUUGGAUGUUCGUAUUGAGGCACUGCCACAAAAAGAAGCCAAUCCUCUCGAGUGCUAUCAAUGCUCUGACGACCAGUUGAAUUGUACUGACCCUUUGCCAACUGCGAGAUGUUCGCCUGAACAAUACUGUACCACCAUUGCUACUGCACCAAAUUUUACAAGCAUAUUAACAUGCGCUUCAGCAAGAAAAACGCCAUGUACUUUGGAACGCAAGGAGGAACAAAUUGUGUUGACCUGCAUAUGCAUGUGGAACCUAUGCAACGCGCCUAUCAAUCAACAUCUAAAGCACUCGUUACUCAAUUAUUCAUCAAACUUUCCAGCAAACUCUAGCUCCGAUUUGACUGAAACAUUUUUAAAUUCGUUAUUCGCAAACGGUGAGCUAAACGAGUUUGUUCCAAAGGGCAAUAAAAGUUUGAUUGCUCCUAUUAAAGAAACGCAUUCAUCAGGUUUUGUUGAUGCUAACAAGUUAUUGAAUGUUUCACUUCCAAAAGCAGAGGCUUUGAAACACCAGGUCACAGUGCCACCCGAUGAUGAUGAAGAUGAGAAUGAAGGAAGUGGAACUGCAGUUGAAGACUCCAAGGCAGUACCUUCUGCACCUGCAGCACCUAGCUCCUAUCUACCGGCUGAUAAAAGCAUCGCAACUUACGAUGUUAUAAGCCAUAUUCUCAUAGCCAUUCUAGUAUAUAUUCACUUCUAGGUUAAACUUUAAUAAAAUUACGAGUUGCACCAAAGAAUUAUGUAUCCAUCUAAAUAAGGGAGCAAAUAUAAAUUACUUGUCUAAGGGAAAUGUCUAUUACGUAAGAGCGUUUUGUAAAAGGUAAUAUAAAUUUUACGCGCUGCCUUGGAUGGAGUGGUAUACGAUGAAUAUUUACGUAUCUCGAGGGAGGGUUAUGUACGUCACACUAUUCUAUUUAUCUCUUGAAUAAGAGAAAUGAAUACGUAAUUUGCCAUAUCUCUUAACACUAAUAUGAAACGUACGUGCACGUUUUUAUAUAAUAAAUUGCUUUACUGAUAUUGAAUAAUUUUAUUCGAGAUAAAUUACAGAUCUAAGCUAUGCAAAAUUCGUCGUCAUUUUUAUUAUUUUUGUAGUUAUGCUACUGAGUACUAAUUUUUUUUAACCUUUGUGGUUUUGUUUGUGGAAACAAUUGCGAUUAUGUAUGAAUUACAACUUUUUUGCUGGACUAUGAUUUUACUAUGUGUCAAAGAGGAUAUUCAACAAGAUUCAACAUGAUUCCUAUUGUCAGUUACCAAAUUCACGCAGCAUUCUGAAUACCAUAAUUCACGCAAGGUGAUUGUCAAUUUUGCGGCUUAAAGCAAACUUACAUCAGUCCUUUUUCUAGUUAAAUAGAAACUCAUUUAUAGUUAAAUUCUUUAACUCGCUAGUUUUCGAAUCAAAAAAGCCUGAAAAAAGAGCCAUAGAAUAAUCCAACUAAAAAUAGUGUGUGUACUCGUAAACGCAUGAUGUUAUUCUUUUUUGGCGUAACAAAACAAAAAUCAAUUUUUUUUAUUCCUCGCGCUAUUUAUUGUUCUAAACCACUGACCUCUACUAUAUACUGCACUGGCGGCUGUCAAAGUGCUAUUAUGCCUGUUUGAUAUUCGCCAAUUUGGCGCUGUUGGCCAUAAAACUAGGAUGACAACCUCAGCUAAACAAACAUCAAUAGGAAAACUAUUCACAAAAAAACAAACAUUGUGAACUUUAUAACGUUUAUUCCUGAAGUAUAAAUAGCAUAGAAAACAUCAAAAAUUAAUUCAAAAAUGUGCAUUUUUCGGAGUAUUGUACGUUCCAUCGCAGCCAUUUGUAUUAUACGUCAAAAUUAGUUCUCUGGACGCUCGCGAGUGGAGAUUCAAGCCACAAAAAUUUGCUGUCACACAUGUGGAACAGCCUGUCGAGUGGUAUUUAUACAGGUCAGUGUUCUGAACACAUUCUUAUUCUGUACACGCAGGCUAUUGUACUGCUUCUGCGCAAAGUCGACCCACAGACUGCUUCUAAAUCUGCGGAUCAUGUUCGCCCUAACAGACAACGCAUUCCGCUCCCUUUCGAUAUCUGCAACAUCCUUCAUCUUAUAAAAACACAUAUAAUACGAUGAAACAAACAUAUUAGUAGGUUCUAUAUUUAUUAUAAUGCUAAUAAUCUUUAUUCUUUUAAUUAUUUCAUAUAGAGUUAAGUAAUUAUAUCUUAAGAAUUUGAAAUUCAAUUAUUUACCAUAACAUUUCAAUUAACUUAACUAACAUACGU